CGAACGUUGCGCCUUGGCGGAGGGACACACGCUCUCUGAGGGCUCUUGUUAAUAGCCUGUUAUGUUGCUGCUUAUCUGGGAUAGUGAGGACUAACUUUGCGCUAAUAUCGGAUAAAUAAACAGCGCGCUCGUACUCACAGCUGGCGCACCAGCGAGCCAGUGUGAGCGCAUGAGGCAUCAUUGGCUGAGAAACAAGACGACAGCUUACAUCGAGCCAAUUAACUAGUUUCAGUGAGUCCUCUGCCAGAGCUUUUCUGUAACCACUCUCAGCGGCAGAUUGUCGAUCGGCGGACGGACUGAGUUUCCCUUUACGCGACUGAAGCUCCUCACAGUGUUGGAACAUGAACCAAAGCGCAGGAGCAGCGCAGCAAGGGCGGAGAUACUCCACGGAUCUCCUGAAGGACAUAGGACCUACUGGAACAGAUAGAAACUGGAAGGGCAUUGGCAUCUCUCUGCUGGUUAUUUUGGUUCUGCUCUCACUCAUUGGACUACCCAUUAUUCUCUUGUCAAAAGAUGAUGGUGGUAGAUCCUUCGGUUCACAGUUGACACUGGAUGACCUCUUUCAAAGAAACUUCCAAGUACAUGACCCUGAUGCAAAGUGGAUCAGUGGGGAUGAGGUCAUCUUUCAGAACUGGGAUGGAGAUGUUUUGAAAGUUAAUGCACACAACAAUGAAACUGAACUUCUUCUGAAAAACUCAACGUUUGCAACUUUUAAAGCUUCAAAGUUUGCCGUUUCUCCAGAUCAGAACUUUGUUCUUCUGGGAUAUGAUGUCAAGCAGGUUUACCAACACUCAUUUUUGGCAUCGUACCUGGUCUACAACCUGUAUACAAGAGAGGUGCAGGAGCUGAAUCCUCCAGAGGUGUCAGACUCAGUUCUCCAGUUUGCCUCAUGGGGUGCACAUGGUCAACAGCUGAUAUAUAUAUUUGAAAACAACAUUUACUACCAAGCAGAUGUUCAGAGCAGCUCGUGGAGACUCACGUCUUCUGGACAGGAGGGGAUCAUCUUCAAUGGCAUCGCAGACUGGCUCUAUGAGGAGGAGGUGCUGCGCACUCAGGUGGCCCACUGGUGGUCACCUGAUGGCUCCAGACUGGCCUACCUCACCAUCAACGACUCCCUGGUCCCUAACAUGCUCCUGCCCCACUUCACAGGAUCACUCUACCCCAGAGGCAAGGAGUACCCUUACCCAAAGAUGGGUCAGAUCAAUCCCACUGUCAGACUGUAUGUUGUCACUCUGGAUGGCAGCUCCUUAACAACUGAGCUGGGACCUCCUGACAGUUUUGAAAACAGCAAGUACUACGUCACCAUGGUGAAAUGGGUGACACAGGAGAGGUUGAGUGUGCGCUGGGUGAACCGAGCUCAAAAUAUGUCAAUUCUUUCACUGUGUGAUGUCACCACAGGUGGCUGCACAAAGAAACAUGUGAUGACAACAGAGAAAUGGCUUGAUCGUCAGAAUGAGGAGCCGGUGUUUUCUAAGGAUUGCAAAACAUUCUUCAUCACUAUUCCUUUAAAACAUGGUGGACGUGGGACGUUCAACCAUAUCACCAUGAUCUCCAGUCAAUCUGAGGGCCAAAAGGUCAACCUCCGACACUUGACUUCAGGAAGCUGGGAAGUCUCUCAAAUUCUGGCCUAUGCUGAGAGCACCAAUUUAGUUUAUUUCCUAAGCACGGAGGAAGGCUCGACACAACGGCAGCUGUACAGGGUCUCCACUGUGGAUCCAUUUCAUAAAGAAUGCCUCACCUGCUCCCUCUUCAAAUCAAUGUGCACCUACUACGAUGCUACCCUCAGCCCCAGCUACCAACAUGUACUUCUCAAAUGUAGAGGUCCUGGAAUACCACAAACUACUUUGCACAAACUAAAUGACAUGAACAACCACAAGACUCUUGAAAUGAACACAGUAUUAAAGCAUGCACUGAUGGAUAGGACAGUACCGAAGUGGAAAAGAAGAACUGUACAGAUCAACAACUUUGAACUUCGGCUGGAGUUACUUGUACCAGUUGAUUUGGAUGAAAAAAUGGAGUACCCACUUUUACUGGUUAUUGAUGGCGCCCCUGGUGGUCAGGCUGUGAGUGACCUCUUCUCGCUCAGCUGGGACUCCGUGCUGGUCAGCUCAGACAGCGUCAUCGUGGUUCGUCUGGACGGCCGGGGCAGCGGCUUCCUGGGGCAGAGGGUCCUGCACGAGGUUCACCACAGACUGGGGACUGUUGAUGUUCAGGACCAGAUCACUGUUAUGGAGCACCUGAUCAGGCUGCCCUAUAUUAAUGGGAACAAAGUUGGAGUUUAUGGAAAGGCGUAUGGUGGCUUCCUGUCCUCACUCCUGCUCCUCUCCCAUAGCUCGAUGUUCAAGUGUGGCAUUGCUGUGGCUCCUAUAACGAACUGGAGGCUCUAUGGGUCAGCCUUCACCGAGAAAUACUUUGGCCCCAUGGUGAAAGAGGAUCACAAAUACCAAGUACGACUGGAUAUUUCCAGUCUGCUCAGUAACAUCACAGCUCUGAGUCCACUGAACUUUCUUAUUAUCCAUGGAACAGCAGAUGCCUCUGUUCACUUCCAACAUUCUGCUGAGUUGGUCAAACUGAUGUCUGCAUCAAAUGUUAACUACACUCUCCAGAUUUACCCAGAUGAAGGACACAACAUUGCAUCUGUCAAGAGCCAGCACUACAUGCUAAACUCAGUGCUCACCUUCUUCAGGCGCUGCUUCAAGGACGAUGAGGUUGAACUACCACAGAAGAGGGAAGAUAGAGAAGAUAACUAGCCCAUAGAACUUUCUGUGGCAAGACAGUUUUGUGAGAAGUGUAGCUAGUGCUGUGAUGAGCUGAUAAUGAGAGGCUGUGUUUUCCUGAAGGCCUUCCGUCUGUAAAAGCACUCCACCAGUAUCGAUGAACAUCUGAAGACCUAUAGCGUGUAAGAUAAGUGUGAUGGUGAUUCCAGGGUCAUGUUAAUGAAGUUGUGGAACUGAAAACGUGUUGUUGCUGUAAUCUAAUGCUUCAGAAUAUAAUUAUUGUUUUACUGAAAUAUUUGUAUCAUGUACUGUCUACAGUGUCAGGGAGUCAAAGAAACUUGUAUUUUUCCAUUUUGGAUUAUAAUCUUUGCUGAUUGCUAUUAUUUACUGUGACUAUGUUCAAUAUCAAAUUUUGGGACAUCUGUCAUAGAAGAGUUUUUGCAGGUGCCUUUACUGCAUUACUUUCCAGCCUUAGAGCCAAAACAGUGUUCAGAUACUUACAAUAAAGUCUAAUUAGAAAUUGCAGAUUGAAAAUUGUCUGCACAGGAGUACCAGAGCAUCCUCAUGUUGUCCUGUCACAGGACUGACAAAGAAUUACCUUAUGGUGAUUUUCAGCACAUUUAAAGUAAGGGAAACCAUUGAGCGUAUACACACCAGGUUUACUUAUCUAAGGGAGGUGGGGGGAGGUGAUUUUCAUAUCACCUGUGCUUGGCAAUAAUUUUAAUCCCUUCAGCAUGUGUGUGUAUUUCUUGCCACCCCAGCAAUAAUUGCAGCCACUGUUACAGUACCUGCUGUUUGUCUGUGAAUGUGCUGGAUUGAUGUAAGUGGAUCUGGCUUUUCCAUAGGAUCAACUGCUUUCCCUUCUACUUUGUCUUAUCUGCUCAGUGUGAAAUUUCACUUUAACUAAUAUUCCUAUGGCUCCUAAAAGCCAUGUUUAGAGCAACAUAUAGGCCUAUUUUGGAACCAGUAGAAAAAUUAAAGCUAAUUGCCUCCUCUAUGAAUCUCCUGCAUCGCCCUGGGGAGGCUUUUGGCUUUGUACCAUGGAUGUAUUAUGAGAACUGAAUCCUGAACUCAAACAUGGUGCCAGGUCACUUGAAUGAAAAUUGCUUGCCUGUCACAUGAGCCGAAAAAUCUUCACUAAA